AAUAAUUUUAUUUUUGAGGUUAAAAAUUAUACCUACCUAAUUUUUAUUCUCUUCUUGUUUAAACGUAAAAAUAGCUAAAUAAUUGUCAUUUUUAUUUCUCAGGCAGAAUUACAAAUAGAAUAUUAAGAAUGAAUACUUCGUUUCAUAGUAUGUAAGUGGGAAGAUAUAGGUGAACCUAUUUUGUGAAUGUUUUUGUACUUAUUUAAAAAAAGUUAAAAUAAUAUACUACAAACAUCAUGGGAAGUCCAGAGCGAGAGUUAUGCCCUCCACCAUCAGAAGAAGAUGAAUUAACUUUGCCUCGAGCAAGCAUUAACAAAAUGAUCAAAGAGUUAGUACCUUCUGUUCGAGUUGCUUUCGAGUCUCGUGAGCUAAUACUCAAUUGUUGUACGGAAUUUAUUCAUCUCAUAAGUUCGGAGGCUAAUGAAGUAUGUAAUCAAAGUAAUAAGAAAACUAUAAAUGCUGAACAUGUUCUUCAAGCAUUAGAUCGGCUAGGGUUCAGUGACUACACAGUUGAAGCAGAAGCAGUCCUGAAAGAUUGCAAAGCAGUGGCUGCUAAAAGGAGAAGACAAAGCACAAGGCUUGAAAACCUGGGCAUCCCAGAAGAAGAGCUGUUGAGACAACAGCAAGAAUUAUUCGCUAAAGCUAAAGAGGAACAAGCGAAACAUGAACAACAGCAAUGGUUACUGUUACAACAACAGGGCUUGAUUGGUGUGGAGGGGGCGCCCCAGCCCUAUGUACCACCACCGUCAGUCAAACAAGAGGACACUGAAGACGAUGACUACUCAUAGUUGCACUAUGAAAUAAACAUUGUAUCAUUUCAUAUUUUAUUUUAAAUCAAUAUACUUAUUUUAAGUCUUGGGCACAUGCAACGCGUGACGGUAACAUGUCUAUGCGGUCCCUAGAUGUUACAAUAUAAGAAAUUGUAUGAAGUCUCUACUCCUUAAUGCUAAGUCACAUGUCGUCCCUUUGCAAUAUAGAGUGAAUUAUGCCUUGUAUAAUAAAGCGUACACGCGUAUGCGCGCGUUCAGUGACGUACUGCAGUGUAGUUUCUGUCUUUAUUUUGAUUGUUCAAUCCUUGUAUAUAUGUUAAUUUUAUGUGACUCUUGAAUUAAAGUCAGUUUAUUUUAUAAUU